AUGAAAAUUUGUCUUUACAUAUACGCUUCUGUAGUGACAUUUUUCUGGAUAACUACAAGAUUGGUGAAUUGUCAAGCCGCAUUACGUGGGCAAUGGGAUUUUGUAGGAUAUUCUGGUGUAUCUUGCAUGCACUGCAUCCUCUCUACUAAUACAAACAAAGCAAUAUUCAUUGAAAGAGUAGAAUUAUCCACAGAUGUUGAAAAAGAUGGAAAGCCUACUUACUCUGUAGAAUAUGAUCUUGAUACAAAUGAAAUAAGACCUUUGACAACAUUAUCUAAUACUUUUUGUUCUGCUGGAUCCUACUUGCCGAAUGGGACUAUCGUAAAUUUAGCUGGUGCAGAAGCUGGAAAGGGUUUUUCUGAAGGGUUUAAUCGGAUUAGAUUGUUUAAUCCUUGUGAUGAUAAAACUUGUGAUUGGCAAAAUGAUGUUUAUAAUCUUACUGAGAAUAGAUGGUAUCCAACCGUCGAAAUGUUAGCUGAUGGUACAUUAUUUAUCAUUGGUGGUUCAUCGAAAGGUGCAGGGGUCAAUAAUGCAACUAUAAAUGUACCUAGCUUUGAAAUCUAUCCUUCGGCCCCUGGUGCAAAACCUAUUCCAUUCCAAUUUUUAGUGGAUACUUUACCAAACAAUUUAUAUCCUUUGGUUCAUCUCUUAACUAAUGGAAAUCUUUUUAUUUUGGCGAACCAAAAGGCAAUUGUUUAUGAUGUCACAUCUCAGCAAAUUAAAAUAAACUUACCUGAUGUUCCUAGGGCAGCACGAAAUUAUCCAUUAACUGGUGCAUCAGUACUUUUACCAUUAGAUUCUAGUAAUAAAUCAGAAGUUCUUGUUUGUGGAGGUGGUAAUAAAAUUUCAUCUACUCAGACUGUUGGUGAAAUUAGUUGCGCACGUAUUUCACCUAUGUCAAGUAAUCCCUCUUGGGAAAUAGAAGAAAUGCCCUUUGGUCGAUUAAUGCCAGAUCCUACCAUUUUAGCAGAUGGCACUGUUCUGAUUCUCAAUGGCUGUUAUGAGGGUACCGCCGGUUUUGGCAAGGGCAAGAAUCCGGUACUCACUCCAGUCCUUUAUAAUCCUAAAGCGCAGGCUGGUUCAAGAUUCACUAUAAUGCAACCAUCAUACAUUCCCCGUAUGUAUCAUUCUGUCGCUAUGACAAUGCCAUCAGGUCAAGUCCUAGUAACAGGAUCAAACCCAAAUAGAACUCCAAUGUUUACUGGACCGUAUCCAACUGAAUUCCGUGUUGAAACAUUUAGCCCACCAUAUUUAUUUUCCAGUGUUCCACAGCCUAAGAUCCAACAGGCACCUAAAAACUUAAAAUACGGACAAUCUUUUGAAAUUGAAUAUGUAGCAUAUAGUGGUACUCGUAAAAUUACUGCUAACUUCCUUAACCCCGGUUUCGUGACACAUUCUAUACAUAUGAGCCAACGGUUAGUUUGGCUCGAUAUUAUCAAGCUUGAGGAUAAUAAACUAUCCGUGAUGGCUCCAGCUGGUAGUACUUUAGCUCCUCCCGCGCCGUAUUUAUUGCACAUCGUAGACAAUGGUAUACCAUCAAAGGCGGUUUGGGUCUCUUUAUCAUCAUAA